AUGAAGCGAUCAGUGACAUUCCGAGCUGUAGCCGUAGACUUCUCCCAAGAAGAGUGGGGAUUCCUGAACCCCGCUACAGAGAGAACUGUACACAGCUGUGAUGUCAGAGACUUACCAGAACCUGGUCUGGCUGGGGAAGAGAAACGCUGCCGGCGCCACGAGCGUGGGAAAUCCUUCCGCCGAUGCUCGACGCGCGUCCAGCAUCCGAGGAUCCACACGGGAGAGGGACCCUAUCAGUGCGGCGAGUGCAGCAAAACCUUCCACCAGAGGGCCCACCUUACCCAGCACCAGCGCUUCCACACGGGCGAGAAGCCCUACGCCUGCGGACAGGGCAGACGGGCCUUCAGCCAGAUGACCCACCUGUCUCAGCAUCAGAGCACCCACGACAGAGGCGGCGAGUGCGGGAAGGCCUUCAGGCGCCCCUUGGCCCUGGUCGACCAGCAGAGAAUCCACAGCGGGGAGAAGCCCUACGAGUGGAAGGCCUGCGGCAGAGCCUUCACCCCGAGCGCCCAGCUCAUCAGGCACCGGAAGAGUCACUUUGGAGAAAAGCCCUACGGAUGCAGCAAGUGUACGAAAUCCUUCGUCCGUCCGUCUUCCCUGAUGGAGCAUCGGAGAAUUCACACUGGAGAAAAGCCCUAUCAGUGUGAGGACUGUCAGAAGGCCUUCUGGCGCGUCGCGCAGCUAACUCAGCACAGGAGGGUUCCUACUGGUGAGAAGCCCUACGCGUGUGAGGACUGUGCACAGGGCCUUUACCUGGAGGUCCCCUUCCGUCCUUCACAGGAGCAGUCACACGGGAGAGACACUCUACGAAUGUCGCGUCAUAAGAGAAUUCAUACCGGGGAAAAGCCCUUUGGUUGCCACGACUGUGGGACGUCCUUCAGCUGCACAUCACACCUUACUCGACAUCAGCGAAUUCCUACAGCAGAAUAUUGA